AUGGCAGUCCCAGUGAUUGAUUUCUCAAAACUGAAUGGGGAAGAAAGAGCCAAAACUAUGGCACAGUUAUCUAAUGGAUGUGAAGAAUGGGGUUUCUUCCAGGUGAUCAACCAUGGCAUUCCAGAUGAACUCCUUGAGAGGGUGAAGAAGGUUUGCUCUGAGUUCUAUAAGCUGGAAAGAGAGGAAAAUUUCAAGAACUCUACAACAGUGAAGUUACUAAACGAUUUAGUUGAAAAGAAGAGCCGUGAGAAGUUGGAGGAUGUGGACUGGGAGGAUGUUAUCACUCUCCUGGAUGAUAAUGAAUGGCCAGAAAGAACACCAGGUUUCAGGGAAACCAUGGCAGAAUAUCGAUCUGAGAUAAAAAAAUUGGCAGAGAGGAUCAUGGAAGUGAUGGAUGAGAAUCUGGGCCUACAAAAAGGAUACAUUAAGAAGGCACUCAAUGGUGGAGAUGGAGACAAUGCCUUCUUUGGCACCAAGGUCAGCCACUACCCACCAUGUCCCAAUCCAGAGUUUGUGAAAGGUCUGCGAGCUCACACUGAUGCAGGAGGUGUCAUCCUACUAUUCCAAGAUGAUAAGGUUGGUGGCCUUCAAAUGCUGAAAGAUGGGCAAUGGAUUGAUGUCAAACCUUUGCCAAAUGCCAUUGUCAUCAACACUGGUGAUCAGAUUGAGGUCCUAAGCAAUGGCAGAUACAAGAGUUGUUGGCACAGGGUUCUGGCCCUUACAGAUGGGAACAGGAGAUCAAUUGCCUCCUUCUAUAACCCAUCACUCAAGGCCACCAUAUAUCCUGCACCACAAUUGGUGGAAAAAGAAAACCAACAAGUGGAUGACACUUAUCCUAAAUUCGUUUUUGGUGACUACAUGUCUGUCUAUGCUGAGCAGAAGUUCCUCCCCAAGGAACCAAGGUUUCGUGCUGUUGGGGCCAUGUGA